AUGUCUCGCUUCGUGUUGGACUCCAACAAUCUAUGGCUGCUUGCCCUAAGCGACCGCACGAUGAGGGUGAACAACGGGCCGUACUCCCCGGACCUCAACACUCAGGACCUUUCCGGCUACGUCGGCGAUUGGAAGCAAGUGGCUCGGAUCGGCAGCAACCAGCACUGCACCCACCGCGAGCUGGAAGUGUUCGGCGUGGCGUUGAUCAGCGGGCAGAAGCUGGAGGAGCUAUGCCUCAACACCUUCAACCACCAGAUCACCAUCAACAGGGAAGGCUUCAUGGUGCAGUGGCUCAACCCCGGCGGCGGCCGCAGGGUCCCCAACGCCAGGAGCCUCUACCGCCGCCUCAACGACGUCUUCGACUGGUCCAGGUACGGCGUCCAGAUCCCCAUCCCGGUCCAGACGGCGUGGGACCGAUUCGAGCUCGCCACCGGGAAGCUGAUUGCCGCUGGAGGCGCGGGCUCCCCGCAGAUGAACAAGGAGCUGGAGGAGAAGGACAAGGAAACCCAGAGGCUUCUGGCUGAAAAGGACAAGGAGAUCGAGGAGCUGAAGAAGAAGGACAUGGAGAGACAAGCAGCAGAGCUUGCCGCCAAGAAGGAGAACGAGAGGCUGCUGGCCGAGAAGGACGUAGAGAUCCAAGGGCUGAAGAAGCAGGCCAAGGAGAAAGACGAUCAGCUUGCCGCCAAAGACAAACAAAUCGCUAACCUCAAGGCUGCUCUCAGUGCUUUCGUCUAA